UUUCUAUCAUUGACGCUGAACCGCCCAGCAUAUAUGCUAUUUGAAAUCUGCCAUGUUUUCUUAUGGGACCAGCUCUUCUUUGUGCUGAUUGAUUUCUCAUUUUGCAUCGUUCCAGCUGUGCUGAAGUUCUGAGAAGUCAAGACAGGCUUUUAUUUUGAAAGUGCUUGGUGUUUGGUGGUCUCCGCGCUUCAGUCAGUGCCGCGGCCCCCGGCGCACAGUCGCGAAUCACCCAAAGCGCGUUAAGACGCUGCUGUGUCUGCGGACAUCUGCGUCCUCAGAGCCCGCUGGACUCUGUAGUAUCCAAGCGGCAUUGUUAGUCUGUGUAAGAGACACGCACAGAGAGAGGGAGAGCAGUAAAGGAGGAGGAGGAGGAGGAGGCCACUCCUUUGAUAAACUCUGCAAACGCAAAAAAGCUCGCUCCAUACAGCUGCUGCUGGCUUAUAUUUACAUUCAGCAGAUGUGUUUGGAUUGAUAAAUCACUGGAGCUGUGUGUUUGGAUCUCUGGACAGUCCGCGUUCUUUAUUAUUCCCGAGUCGGGUCUUCAAAGAGAAAACUAUGUAACCUGGUAACACACGAAUACAGGCUAGAGUUGAGAAGGUCCUAGAGCAGCACUAAGCCGGGCCGGAGUGAGGUGAAAGCGCAGGCACAUCGCAGCCAUGCUGGAGGAGGACAUGGAAGUGGCCAUCAAGGUGGUGGUGGUGGGGAACGGAGCGGUCGGGAAGUCCAGUAUGAUCCAGCGAUACUGCAAGGGCAUCUUCACAAAGGACUACAAAAAGACCAUCGGGGUUGACUUUCUGGAAAGACAGAUCAUAGUUAAUGGCGAGGACGUCAGGCUGAUGUUGUGGGACACGGCGGGACAGGAGGAGUUUGAUGCCAUCACCAAAGCCUAUUACAGAGGCGCUCAGGCCUGUGUGCUGGUCUUCUCCACCACCGACAGAGAGUCCUUUGAGGCCAUCAGCAGCUGGAGGGAGAAAGUGGAGAUGGAGGUCGGGGACAUACCCACCGUCCUGGUGCAGAACAAAAUCGAUCUGCUGGACGACACGGUUAUCAAAAAUGAGGAGGCUGAAGGUCUCGCUAAGAAGCUGAAGUUAAGAUUCUAUCGGACGUCAGUGAAAGAAGAUCUCAACGUCAAUGAAGUUUUUAAGUAUCUAGCUGACAAAUAUCUGCAACGACUCAAGCAGCAGUCGGCAGAGGAGACAGGGGUUGUUCACACAUCCAGCAAUAAAAUAGGCGUUUUCAACACUUCCGGCGGCAGUCAUCCCAACCAGACUGCCGGCGAUCUGAACGGCCGUGAGGUCAUAAACCUGCGCCCAAACAAGCAGAGGACCAAGAAAACAAAAAACCCCUUCGGUAGCUGCAGACUGCUCUGACGAGUAGGCCUAAAUCUUUUGGACACUGCCCUUCCUCACAUUUUAACAAUGAUUGUGGCUCAAAAUUUGAAUGAAAAGCGAAUAUAUUUUCUCACAGUCAAAUAUUUGGUGAGUUAUUCCAUGUGGUACACAGAAGGGUAAUUUUCUCUAAUGAGAGUACUUACAGCGGGAAAAAAACCGACUUCUAACACACCAUUUGUGCAUUUGGACUGUUCAUCGUUAGUGCAGUAUGCUUGUAUUGAUGGAGGUGCAUCAUUCGCUAUCACAAUCUUCCCUUAAAAGUUGUUUCUUAUAUGAACGUCGUCACAAGUUUCAAUCCGUAUGUUCUUAUAGGUAUUUUUGUAUGAAAAAUGUAGUAAAGUAAUGACUUACUUAAAUUCAUAACAUUUAACACAGUGCCAAAAUGUUUGUAAACUCUACAAACUUUUUAAAGAAAUUUAGUAAAUGGUUGAGCGAGUCAGAUUUUUAAUCAUUUUUAUCAUUGAUAUGCAUCAAUCAGCAUCCUCUUCUGAAGCUCUGUCAUGUUCUAACACUAUACCAAAUGCAAGAGAUGGGUUUAUAUAGAAAGGUAUUCUUUUGGGAUAAAGAAAAGUUAAUUUUUUAAUAUUUUUAUUUGGUCGCUGACAACUGGCAACGCCGCCAGAUAUUAGUGUAAAACGGCACACUCUUACUGCUAGGGCUGGGCGAUAUUGCUACUAGACGUUACUUGAUAUAAUUAAGCCGUUAUGAAAAUGACAUUGAAAUGGCAUAAAACUGUUGUAGCAAAUUGUGCAUCAAAAUGUUAAAAUUAAAAUGCAGUAAAAAUCAAGCCAUGUUUUCACACUGUUCACUAAAUGAAC